AUGUUUUUUCCCGUGACAGAGGCCGAGACGCGCCAGAAGCUGCUGCGCAGUGUGAAGAAGGAGGUGAAACAAAUUAUGGAGGAGGCAGUAACGAGGAAAUUCGUGCACGCAGACAGCAGCCACAUCAUUUCCUUCUGUGCUGUAGUGGAGGCCUGCGUGCUGCAUGGACUGAAGCGUCGUAUUGCAGGCCUGCUGUGCAGUAACAAGGUUGCAGCGCUCUUUAUGAAGGCAGCAAAAAGCUUUUCACCUGCUGAGGAACUCUGCCACAAGGUCCAGGAGCUUGAGCAGCUCAUUGAAAACAGCAAGCAGAACAAUUCCCCUCUGAGUAAUGAGCGCAGUCGGCAAUCCAAGCUGGCCAACCUCCCUCCUCAGGCGCUGAAACACCUUUGGAUCCGAACGGCGCUGAUGGAGAAGCUCCUGGACAAGAUUGUCCUGUACUUGGUGGAGAACAGCAGUGCCUUCUAUGAGAAAGAAGCCAUGCUGAUGGAUCCUGUGGAUGGACCAAUUCUUGCAUCUCUAUUGGUUGGACCUUGUGCUUUGGAGUACACCAAAGUUAAGACUGCAGACCAUUUCUGGACGGAUCCGUCUGCUGACGAGCUCGUGCAGCGGCAUCGCAUCCACAGCGGCCACUGUCGGCAAGAUUCGCCCUCCAGACGGCCUGCCCUGAUCCAGAAGAGACAGUCCAGCGGUAGCAUGGAUGAUCGCCCUCUCAUGUGGGUGAAGGACUAUGUUGAAUCGCUCCACCAAAACUCCAGAGCCACACUUCUGUUUGGAAAGAACAAUGUCCUGGUGCAGCCGAGAGAUGACGUUGAGGCCAUCCCAGGCUACCUCUCUCUGCAUCAGACUGCAGACCUCAUGACCCUGAAAUGGACACCCAAUCAGCUGAUGAACGGGAAUGUUGGGGAGCUGGAUUCUGAGAAAAGUGUGUAUUGGGAUUAUGCCAUGACAAUUCGUUUGGAGGAGAUUGUGUAUCUGCACUGUCAUCAGCAAGUGAACAGUGGCGGUACAGUAGUUUUGGUGAGCCAGGAUGGGAUCCAGAGACCUCCUCUACAUUUCCCCAAAGGAGGCCACCUCCUCCAGUUUCUCACCUGCCUGGAGACCGGCCUGCUACCUCAUGGACAGCUGGACCCCCCGCUCUGGAAUCAGAGAGGAAAGGGAAAGGUUUUCCCCAAACUGCGAAAGAGGAGUCCCCACGGCUCCUGUGAUUCUGUAUCAGACAAGGAAGAUGAUGAAGCGACCGAUUAUGUGUUUCGAAUCCUCUUUCCUGGCAAUCAGAUGGAGUUCAUAGCCCUGGAGCUGAUGGACCAGGGCGUGAACAUGUGGCAACCUACACCCAGGAAGUCCUCAUGCUCGUCCUGCUCGCAGAAUGGCUCUUCUGAUGGCUCUCUGCCUAAUGGCUGUAACCAGGAAAGGGCUCCUUUGAAGCUCCUUUGUGAUACCAUGAAGUACCAGAUCAUCUCCCGUGCUUUCUAUGGAUGGCUUGCAUACUGCCGCCAUCUGUCCACAGUUCGUACCCACCUCUCUGCUCUGGUCAACACCACUAUAGUUGACCCUGAUGUGCCCUGUGGUGCCCGAGAAGGCCUCUCUGUGGAGGUCUGGGCCAGGUUCCUCAAGGACAGCUCUGCAUAUGAGGAAAAGGAGAUACACAGGCUUGUGUAUUUUGGUGGUGUGGCUCCUUCACUACGCAAAGAGGUCUGGCCCUUCCUGUUGGGACACUACCAGUUCACCAUGACUGAGAAAUGCCGGCUAGAGAUUGAUGAGCAGAUGCGGCUCAUGUAUGAGCAGACUAUGAAGGAGUGGCAGGGCUGUGAGGCCAUCGUCCGUCAGAGGGAGCGAGAGAAACAUGCUGAGGCCCUUGCCAGAUGUUCGUCUGGAGCCAGUGUGGAAAGAGGACCAGUGCAGCGGGACUCCACCAUCAGUACAGAUUCGUCUCUAAGUAGCAGCUCAGAUCAGCAGAAUGCCCCGUCGCAGAGUGAUUCCAGCAGUAGCGCGCAGGUAGUGAAAAACCGUACCAGUGUAUUAAUGUUUUGUCGCCUCUAUUUUUGCUAUUAUUUUUUGGAUUGCAAAACACAUGCAAAACCACUGGUAUUUGGAUCCGUCGAGGCAGUGGAUCAGAUUGAGACUGAGCCCAGGGCUGAGGAAGGAGAAGUGCAGCAAAGCAGUCCACUGAAGGACAUCACAGGUGGCACUGCAGAGGCAUCACAGCCUCACUCCUGCAACCCCUCGUCCUCAGGUCCGUCAAAUCAGCAUCCAGGGUCAGAAAACAGCCCUGCUGUGACAGAGUUGGCUGUUGGAUCUCCAAGCUCUCAGUCAGCAGAAACAUCCGAAGGCUUAAAGGAGAAACAAGCACCUGGAUCGCAGCCAGGAGGGGAGGAUGUUAUGGACCCAGUAGCCAAGGAUGAGGUUUCAGAGGCAAACAUGAAGACAGUUUCAGAAAGUGAGUUGAUCAAGGACUGUGGAAUCAGUAAGUCACAAGAGACGUCUGAAUCCGAAGAAAAGCCUGAAGUAGAAGGAAAGAACAUAACAACAAAUGAGCAGUCCGAAGAUUUAAAAGCAGUCGAUACGAAUAUGAAUUUAAGAUCUGUUCCAGAGAAAACUAACGUUCUAAAGCUAGAAACAGAGAUUCGUAACGAGUAUUUCCAAGCACCUCCACUCGGGCAGACCUUGACUUUUCAAGCACACAGGAGCAAAUCUGAUCUGGAAGUGGAGCCAUUGUGUCCGCCUACAGCUGAAAAAGAUGCUAAUCCACCAAGUGAAAUAAAGCCAGAGAUUUCUGAAAAGCCUGAAACAGCUCCUGAAAAAACCCCAUCUCAACUGUCAAAGGCCGGCACCACAGAGCCAGAACGAAAGGAUGCUGGAGCAACAGUUUGCGAUUUGGUUGAAACCAAAAAGGCGGCAGAAAUUCCAUUUGAGAAACCUGGUUCAAAUUCACCCGUCAGACAAGUGCUGAAUGCUCUUCAGUCAGCAUCAAGGGGCAGCCUUUCAUUAUCAUCCCACUCCCGGCAGUCUCCAGACACGGCAGACUCCGAUGACUCUCCUUCUGCCUUGGAAAUGGAGGACAUUCCUGCAGGGAUAACAUGUGUGACCUCUGAGGAUAUCAAGGCCAGGCCUUUGGCAGGUCUCGCUGCGCCCCCUGUCUCCUUUGCACAAAGGGAGAGAAUGGCAUCAGCGGACCUUGUCCUUGAUCACCAUCUGGACACAGCCUGCAACACCAGUCCUGAGGGCACCGACCUGGGCCUUUCUGAAGAGGAGCCGGAGAUGGAAAAUGUGCUCACUGAACCAGAGUCUGCAGAGGUGGGAGAAGACGGCAAGCACGACGAAUCCUCAGAAGAGCAAACCUAUUCUCAAGAAACACUGGACAUGUACUUGAUCAAUCUACAUCGCAUUGACAAAGAUGUCAGACGUUGCGACAGAGCAUAUUGGUACUUCACUCCCGAGAACCUGGACAAGCUGCGUAACAUCAUGUGCAGUUACGUGUGGCAGCAUCUGGAUACGGGCUACGUCCAGGGCAUGUGUGAUCUGCUGGCUCCACUACUGGUUAUUCUGGACGACGAGGUCAUGGCAUUUAGCUGCUUCACAGAACUGAUGAAGAGGAUGAACCAGAAUUUUCCUCAUGGAGGUGCCAUGGACUCUCACUUUGCCAAUAUGCGUUCCCUUAUACAGAUCCUGGACUCUGAGCUGUUUGAACUGAUGCAGCAGAAUGGAGACUAUACUCACUUCUACUUCUGUUAUCGUUGGUUUCUGCUCGACUUCAAAAGAGAAAUGGUGUAUGAUGAUGUGUUCUCCCUGUGGGAAACCAUCUGGGCGGCCAAGUACACCUCCUCUGAGCACUUUGUGCUCUUCAUUGCUCUGGCACUUGUGGAGAUGUAUAGAGACAUCAUCCUAGAAAAUAACAUGGACUUCACAGACAUCAUCAAAUUCUUUAAUGAAAUGGCAGAGCGACACAAUGUCCCGCAGGUCCUGAUGAUGGCUCGAGACCUGGUCCACAAAGUGCAGACACUCAUAGAAAACAAGUGACGCAGGCUGCCGCUGCUCUGCUGCUCCUUUGUGUCUUUGUGCUAAAUUGUUUCGAGAUAGCGACACGGCCGCAUUAUAGUCAUGUGUUCAAGAGGAGAGGAGUCAGUGUUAAUGAAGUAAGUACUGCAAAGACAGCUGGUCAUUAAGGCUACUCGUUGUUCUAAGAUAGUUGUGCAACAACGUCUUUCCAGUUGCUCCUCUCUGUAUUCAGGAGAUGCAACUAUUGCCAGUAAAUUUAUUUUUAAAGUGUAAUUGUUCACCUAGUGAAUGUACCCUUGUUGAAACUGCUUCAGGAUGUUAUUUAUUUUGCCUUAAAGCUAUGUUUUCAGGGAUACAGCAACCAAAUUCUUUACUGUAUUGUUAAGUAUUCUACAAUGUUAAUUUCUUCACUUCUACCUACCAUA